AUGGGCCGCAUGUCAGGCAGCCAAGGAGCCAUCAUUCUACUGAGCAGCCUGACGCCCUGUCCUGUGGUGUUUCUGAAUGGGAACGGUCGGAAUGGCGGCAGCAGAGCAGGUGCUGGCAGCUUUGGGGCGGUCGCGGACGUGAAGACGCCUCCUGAGGAGGCUCGAUGGGUUGAAGUGCCUCUGUGGGAGAUGCCGGAGUUGCUAUGUUCCAAGUUAGUUCUUGGAAGCUUGCCGCUUGCUGACGGCGAGGUGGCGGUGGUUCGGAGUGUCCGGCGCUGGAACUGUUGCAUGACGGAGGGCCCACUUCUGCAUCUAGCAGAGGACCGGCCCCCGGAGACGCUGUUGGACAUUGCAGUUAUGGACAUCCAGCGCCACAUCGACGACAGGCGCUUUGCCAUUGAGUCGCUGCGGCACGACUCGGCCAAGUGGUCCAGCUGCUUCAGGCACUUGGCAAAGGACAUCGUUGCGGUCAGCCACCCCCCGCUCAUCGGUGUGGACAGGCAUUGGUCUUAUGCCAUGCAGUUGCUGGCUGCAGGACAUUGCCAAGUCAGCGACGGGAACACCAAGCCGAAGCUACGCUACGGGCUCAGCACGGAGGGCUAUGCGACUGCGGCUACUUCUACAGAGCUGUCUCCAGCACAGGUGAAAGAAGCCAAGCACUUGGAGGCGCUCACGGGCCGGAUGGUGAGUUGGAGACCGCGAGACCUUCUUCGUCUUCUGGCCAUGUAUCCUUUUGCUCGUGCCGGCGAUGCAAAGUUCCAUGCCUUCUGGACGCAGAGACUGCGAGACAAGACGCUCGGAAAUGGUGGGCGUCCGCAAAAAUCUGAAGUGGCUGGCAUCCGCUCGAGACAGGCCGAACUUUGGCCGCCCGAGCCCGUCCGCGAGCCAUCGCCGGAGCCCAUUCCGAAGGCGAAGGCGGACGAUCCUCAAGCUCCAGAGCCUUCAGCGAUGCAAGCGUCUGUUGUUGACGACGAAAAGGCGCCCUCGGCCUCCAAGUCCGACUGGAAGCAGGAGAAGAAGCAGUGGAAGGAGUGGAAGGAUUGGAAAGAGAGUGAGAGGCGCGAGAAAGAGCCGAAAAAGGAUAAGGAAGACAAGCGCAAAAGGGAUGCUUCUUGGGAGAGGAAGGCAGAGAAGAAGGCGAGCCGCAAGUCCCCGAAGCGGAGGAGCAGAAGUAGAAGCCGCAGAAGCCGCAGUCGAAGACGGAGGUCACGGUCUCGACGGAAGCGGAACGCCUCACGCGAGAAGCGCCGUUGA